CUUGUGGUCAUCCACUUAUUUGUUACAGCAUGACGGUCGACUCCUGUUAAUCUGUUUCGAGCACGCUCUACGCCCGCUCGCGCAGAGAGCCGUACUGCAAUGUAGCAUUCAGGAGCCAUCUUGGCUCGCCAUUUUGGCAUAAGUGAAUAGUCAGCCUCAAGUCCCUGCUUUGUAGGUCGUACUCUGUAGUGGAGCUAUGGAGCCAGCAGGGAAGCAGCAGAAGACCGACGCUGAAUCGGUUCCGGAGCACCUGGAGGGGGUGAAGGUGGCAAGCAAGGCAAACAUUUACCACGCCGGCAAAGUAAUCUCUCGCAACGUGUUCUUCCCAGAUGGAUCUCGACAGACCCUUGGCGUGAUCUUCCCCGGCAAGUAUAAUUUCGGGACUGAGAAGAAAGAGAAGAUGCAUAUCUCCAGUGGAUCAGCAACUGUCCAGGUAAAAGGUGAAGCCGAGGCUACAUACGAGGCUGGUGAUUUCUGGAUGGUUCCGGCAAACUCAAGCUUCGACAUAGAAGUAAAGGAGGGUGUCUUCGAGUAUUGUUGUUCUUACUUGGAUGAGUGAGCGGCUCCUCAAGUACAGUGAGGAGCCUCUGCGUGGACCGCGAGGUUCCCUGUUACUAGUAUUGCAUCGUGCAGCUCUAGAGGGAAGGGACUCCACGACCUCUUUUUUGAUAUGCGGCUUGUUGGUGCAACAAAUCACAUCUUCUGUCAACAUCCCCUGCGAGAGCGACAUGGCGUCAGCCUUCGAUGUGCCGCCCCACACGUGAGCAGACUUGAGGGAGGAGGUCCCCUCGCCCAAGCACAGCUCGUACACUUCAUCCUGUAUGCGUGCAGAAGCAAGGCUGCUUCGUGUGACCACGCACGCUUGUAAGACAGAUGUCAGUCGUGUGCAAAGCGUCCCGCUCCCCGCGGGGGAAUUCUGGCGGUCAGCAUCCCGUCCGGGGAACAGG